AUGCCCGUCGGCGUGGGGCCGGGGGGCGCGGCGCCGCCGCCGCCGGCGACGGGCGCGCCCGCGGACGGCGCCGUGCGGCCGGCUGCACGUGCUGCGCCUGCGGCCGCGGUUGAGGCGCCGGGCGGGGUGCCGGGGGCCAAGUCGGGCAAGUCGCUGGCGGAGCUGCGCGGGGAGGUGGAGCGGCUGCGCGCGCAGUGGAAGCAGCUCGAGACGGAGAAGUCGCGGCGGACGGCGGCGCUGGCGGCGUCGGUGACGGGGAAGGACCUGGAGGCUGUGGUGGGGGGCGUGGACGAGCAGGGCGCCGCGGCGCCGCAGCCGGCGCGUGUGCCGCCGGGGAACGCCGGACCUGCGCCUGGCCAGCCGCCGCAGCGGGCGGCGCAGCAAGGCGGCGGGCCGCAGCCGCACCACCCGCCCGCUGCCCGCGCCCCCCCUGCAGCUGCGCCUGCACAUCCCGCAGCGGCGAAGGCGAGGCCGACCCCGGCGCCGAUGCACCUCCAGCCGCACGAGCGGCCGCAUCCGCCGCCCGCGACGCACGCGCGGCAGCCCGCUCCCGCGCCACAGCAGCAGCCAGCUGCGCCGGUGCCCGUGCCGCAACAACAAGCCGAGCCGGCGCCGCAGCAGGGCGACCCGCGGAGGGCCGCAGGGGCGCGGAUACCCAUCUCGUUCCUCGCAUCGCCGCACGCGGCGGCGGCGGCAAAGGCCCGGGCCGCGCAGCAGGACCAGAUGAAGGAGAGCUUCACGGCGCACGAGGCGCCGCCGGCGGCCGGCGACGUGGGCGGGCCGGCGGCGCACGCGGACCCGCCCGCGGGGCUCGUGCCGCUGGAUGACCCGUACGGCACGUACGAGCCCGCGCAGGAGCCGGGCGGCGGCGCGAUCGAGCCCUUGAUGGACGCACACCACGAGGAGCGUGCGGGGCGGACGCGGGGCGCGAGCGCGUCGCCUGCGCCGCGGGACGACGGCAUCGAGCUGAUGGAGUGGGGGAGGGACGGCACGGUCGCGCAGAACGCCCGCAGCGGUGGCGGCGGCGGCGGCGGGCGGGCCAAGAGGGCGCCGCGGCGGUAUGCGUCGGCCAGCGUGCCGAAGGAGCGACCCGACCCGUACCAGGUGCGGAUGCCGGAGAAGAAGCCCGUGGGCGUGUACGAGAAGCCGUGGCGCGUCAACAUGACCAAGAACCCGAAGAAGAAGCGGUCGGCGACGGAGACGGGCAGCAACGACGCCAACGGCGCCAGCGAGGCGACGGGCACCCCGCGCGGGGGCGAGCCGUCGCCGGAGGCCAAGGACCGCGAGGCCGGGUGGAACACAUACAACCGCGACAAACGCCCUGGGAAGAAGCAGGUCGAGAUCUCGCGGCCCGACACGCGCGAGAGGGAGCGGGUCGCGCGGUACUACAAGGAGCGCAAGGAACGGCAGCGGAAGCUGGCGGAGGAGGAGGAGCGGCGCCGGAAGAAGCAGGAGGAGGAGGAGGCUGAGCGGCAGCGGCGGCAGCGCGAGCAGCACGAGGCGGAGGUCCGGGCGCGGUUCGAGCGCGAGCGGCAGGCGGCGGAGGCCAACAAGAGCGAGGCGGCCAAGCGCGAGAGGAGCUUCAAGAAGGCGAUGAAGAAGCGGAACGCGCGCGUGCCGCUGUUCCAGAAGCUGGAGCAGGCGUUCGAGGAGAAGGAGGCGCAGGCGGAGCAGGAGCGGCGCGCGGCGAUCGACGCGGAGUCGCAGUGGCGGCGGCAGUACCAGCCAGCGGUGAUCAUGCCGAACAUCCUGCCGUACGAGAAGCGGAAGAAGCCGGAGCCGGAGGCGACGGAGACCGAGGAGGAGGGCGGCGAGAAGCGGAUGACGUACGAGGACAUGAUGGCCAUGCUCGACGACGACGCGGACCCGCACGCGCACGCUUCGCAGCGCUCCAGCGCCGCCGAGGCCCGCUCGGACUCGCCCACCGCCGCGGCCGCCGCUUCCUACGAGGCCGCGCUGCAGGAGCAGAUGCACGCGGCCGCGACGUGCAUCCAGGCGCACGCGCGCGGGUACCUCGCGCAGAGGCACGUCUCGGACCUGCGCGAGGCCAAGCGCGCGGAGGAGGCCGCGGUCGAGGCGGAGCGCAGGGCCCAGGAGGAGGCGCGGGUGCGGGAGUCCCUGGCCGCGGGUGUCACGUGGCAGCAGCCCGUCGACGACGCGUCGGCCGUGGCCGCAGAGCUGGAGCGGCUCGAGGCCGUCGCGCGCGAGGAGCGCCGGCAGGGGCGGCGGGGGCGGUCGGCAGCAGAGAGCGCCAAGUCGGUGGUCGACGCGCUGGCCGCGGAGCUGUCCGAGGCGAAGAGCGUGAGCAGCACGGGACUGACGGACGUGGAGGUGGGCGAGGACGAGGACUACGACUCGGACCUCGGGGAGCCGUGGAAGGGCGUCGAGGAGAGCAUUUGGCGCAAGGCUGAGCUGGCGCGGGAGCGCGCGCUGGGGCCGUAUCGCGGCGGGCAGGACGGCGAGGACGGGCGUGGGGCCGCGGACGACGAGGUCCGGAAGGAUCUGGCGGCGACGCGGAUCCAGGCGGCGUUCCGAGGCCUGCGCGACAGGCGGGCGGUGGAGCAGACCCGUUACGAGUUGGAGCGGGCGCAGAGUCAGAUCCGCAGGCUGCAGGAGGACAAGCGCGCGGUACAGGAGGAUGCGGAGGCGCGCAUUGCGGCCGCGGAGGCGGCGCGGGCCGCGGCGGAGCUGUCGUCGUCAGCGGCGGCGGAGGCGCGCUCUCACGCGGAGCUGCGGGGCAGCGGGGCGUCCGGGGCGGAGGCAGACCACACACGCGGCGUGGAGGAGGUGCCGACGAUGAUAUUCGCGGAGGAGGACGGCUCGCGCAGCCCGGAGCCGGACAGCACUGAGCACGACAGACCUGCCGACGGUCCCGAGGGGGGGUCCCGCCACGGCGGGGUGGACGCGCAGCACGCGAGCGACACCAGCAGCCGUCCGGCGAGCGCCGCCGUCGAGGAGAAGGUCGCGCGCGGUGGCGUGGCCCGGCCAGGCUCCGCAACGGACGCGGACUGCAUGGGCACCGAGGUGGAGGAAGUCGCUGACUUCCGGGAGCCGCGCGGCGGCCACGAUGGGCUUGACCCGGCGCGGCGUGCCUCGGACUCCGUCGCUUCGGUCGACGAGGUCGACCAGGAGGCCACGCCCGGGUUGCCGCCGGCGCGGCGCGACAGUGCGCGCUCGGUGGACGACGUGGACGACGCCGCGAGCAAGCAGAGCCAGGCGCCGCCGGUCUUGCGAGAGGGCGGCGUUGCGGGCGAGCUGGCGCCCGUGCAGCCGCCGGGGGGCAAGAGCGCCCGGGGGAGCCGCGUGCCGAGCCGCGAUCGCAGCAGUAACGCCGGCUCCGGGCGGAAGAGCAGCCGCGGGGCGCGCGCAGGAAGCCGCGGGUCUUCCACGCGCAGUCGGCCGGCGAGCACCGCCACCGACACGCCCCUCCCGCCCCUGAAGCGGCCCCCCGGCUCGGGCGGCAACGCCUUCCGCCCCGCGCCGCCGGGGAUGUCGGCGGCCCACCCGCUGUACAAGGGGGCCUCGCGGACGCAGAUCCCGCACCCGCCGCCUGCGCCGGCGAAGCGGUCGCCGUCGCCGCCGGUGCUCGCCUCCGCCGCGAGCGGGAUGUCGUCGUCAGCGCUCCCGCCCAUUCCGGGCGCGAACGGGUCCGAGAACGGCGCGCACACGGGCCGCGGGAGCGGGCGGACAUCUAACGCGUCCGGAUCUGUCCCCGCGGGCCGCCGCAUCCCCAGCCGCAUCCCGUCGGGCGUGCAGAAGCAGCAGAGCGGCAACGCAAGCGCCGCGCAGCUGGCCGAGUCGCUCUUCAGCGACCCCGAGCGGCUGAGGACGUUCCUGCGCGGCACGACGACGAAGUCGGACGCGUACAGCGACGACUUCGAGGCCAUGGACGAGCCAGAGCUGCGGAAGUUUGCGCAGGAGAGCUUCCGCCAAAUGUCAGUCGAGCAGUUCCGAGCCAUCUCGAUCCGCAGCGGGCUCAGCGACCUUCCCAGCGAGCUCGGCUGGGCAGCGUGCGACUAG